AUUUAGCGACGUCACACGGAUUGUACUGUUUGCUGUGUUUCUGCCAACUGCUGCUGAAAGAUCUUGACCGGCAUCUCGCAUCUUCAAUGUAGCAGUUCAUCUGUAAAGAUGGAUUUUCUCAAAGUGGUGAUUGGCGACAUCAGUAGUCCAGAACCAAUCAGAAUAAAAAGCGAAGAUACUGAAGAACAAAGAGACUUGAUGGAGGUGAAAGAGGAAGUUCCACAACUGUAUAAAGUCGAGGAGAAACAUCAGGAACCUCAUGAAAACACACCUGAAGAAAAACCUCGUACAUGUCAACAAACCAACAAGAGAUCUUCACCAAGAAUGACUUUCGUGUGCCCUCAGUGCGGAAAGAGUUUCAAACAAAAAGGACACCUUGAAGAUCAUAUAAGAAUUCACACUGGUGAGCGGCCUUUCUUUUGCCUUCAGUGUGGAAGGAGUUUUACACACAAAGGAAAUCUUAAGGAUCACGUGAGAAUUCACUCUGGAGAGAGGCGAUUCGCAUGCCAGCAGUGUGGAAAAAGAUUCAUGCAUAGAGCAAACCUUGUGGAUCACGUGAGAAUUCACACUGGAGAGAAGCCCUUCACAUGCACUCAGUGUGGAAAGAGUUUUACACAUGCCACAAGUCUCAAAACUCAUUUGCUCUCUCACUCUUCAGAAAAGCCGUACAGCUGUGAUCAGUGUGGUCUAAAAUUUAGCCUGGCGGCACACUUGAAGAGACACCUGAGAAUUCACACAAAUGAGAGGCCGUAUGUGUGCUCUCUUUGUGGAAAGAGCUUCUUAUGGCUGUGCUACUUUAAAGACCACCAGAAGAUACACGCUGGCGUGAAAGCCCACGUGUGCUCUGACUGCGGCAGUGCCUUCACUAGAGCCAGCGAAUUAAAAAUGCACCAAAGAACCCACACUGGAGAAAAACCCUACAAGUGCUCAUAUUGUGGAAAGUGCUUUUCUGAGUCUGGAAACUUGAAAAAACACGAGAGAGUUCAUACUGGAGAGAAGCCGUACCCCUGCCCUUCAUGUGGGAGGAGUUUCAGCCAAUUUAGCCAUCUACUGCGACAUUUAAAACGGCAUUGUCCAAAGUUGUCACCGUUUGUCCUCAGCCCCCAAGUUGGACUUCGUCCUGGGACCUGAAAGUUAACAUCAGCCCUGAAGUUGAUCACAGUGUAUCAUGCGGUCUAAAGAUAAAUGUUGAGCCUGAAGCUGAACAAAGUUUGUUGUGCGAUGUAAAGGUGAACACGGGGCCUGAAAGUGAACAAAGUUUAUCUUCCGGUCAAACACUUUCAAGUAAUUAGUAGGAAAUUCAAAAAAUAUAAUAUUUUCUCAAAAUAGCAAUUUCAUCUAAAAAGGUAAUUUGCUAAAAUGCUUUACUUGAAGUACAACAAUUAAAAUUUUGGCAUUAAAUUAUCCAAAACCAGUAGUAAAGUGUUAUAUAUUUUGUUCGCUCAUGUACUUUCAUCUUCCCAGAUGUUUGCAACAAUGUCGCGAUUGUUAGUCGAUUUAAUAUUUAAUAAAAAGCAGAUUGUGUAUCGGACAGGCAAUAAUAUAGGAAUCCGUAAUAAUAAAUAUGUGAAUAAAUAAAUGAAAAGGAGCAGGACAUCAGUCACAAUAAAGUCUAGUGCCUUGUGCUGUCAGACUACUCCUUUCUGGUUCUAAACUGAUGUGGUUUUCCAAGCGCACGGCCCAGGUCUAACCGUACACUGUAAAAGAAAUUCCUUAAAAAAAAAAAAAAACAUUUUUGUAAACUGGAAAAACAGAAAUAUACCGUAAAAUAU